CAAUUUCCAACAUCGACGGAGUCACAGGGGGCGUGACUGGUGUUCUUGUAGCCUGUGCCGUUGUUGUUGCAGUAAUCAUCAUUUACAGGAGGCGUCAUCCGUCAACAAGUAAGGCACAGGCCCACGAUUCCCUGUCAGUGAGGACAAUGGGUGACAUUCAACCAGACGUCGAGGAUCAACAGAGCAAUAGAGAAUAUGAAGCAGAGGACCCGGAAGUUCACGUAGUCCCAGAGGAUCCCGAGGCAACAACGUACGAGAAUCACUUGAGCACGUCAGUUCCUGUAGAGGAAUUCUGGGACUACAUCCAAGAGAAAAUGGCAGCCGAUGGUUUCAAAGCCGAGUUCGCAAAAUUUCCCGCCGGACUCCAUGCCAAAGCUGAAGUGGCAAAUCUUCCAUACAACAAGGCUAAAAGUCGCUACAAGAAUCUUGUCGCAUAUGACCACUCUCGUGUCGUCUUGAGACUCCAUGGACCCAAUGACAAAUCGGAUUACAUAAACGCCUGUUACAUUGACGGUUACAACCAGCCUAAGAAAUUCAUCGCCUCUCAAGGGCCUACCGAUCUUAUCAUAAACGACUUCAUGCGCAUGCUCUGGGAACAGAACGUGGGUAAAAUUGUCAUGGUGACAAAUCUGAUCGAAGCAACUAAGAUAAAGUGCAAACAGUACUGGCCGAGCGAAGGCUGUACGCGGUUUGGUGUCAUUGAGGUUACCCUGCUUGACGAGGAGGUAUAUGCGAAUUGCGCAAUUAGAACACUGGAGCUAAGUCACACAAAGGUGAAAAACAAGACGAAGAUUCUCAAACAGUUUCACUUCUCGGCUUGGCCAGAUCACGGGGCACCUUCCGAUGCCACAAUUCUGCUUGACUUUCGAGAUAAGGUUCUGGAGUACAACUCGACUUUACCUGGACCAAUUCUUGUCCAUUGCAGUGCUGGGAUUGGACGCACGGGAACGUUCAUAGCUCUGGAUUACCUGAUCAAUCAGGCUAAAGAAGAGAAUGUGGUGAAUGUGCCGGCCUGUGUGAUGAUUCUGAGACAGCAGCGGGUCAACAUGGUGCAGACACAGGAACAGUACGAGUUUCUACACUCAGCCCUGGGAGAAGCCUUGAAAUUCAGCGACAGUUCAAUUCCAUUUGUGAACUUUGCCACCGUGUACUCUGACCUUUGCACUGUCGACCCCGAGACCGGACAGUCCAAGAUGGUCGCACAGUUUGAGGUCCUCCGGGAACUCUCACAAACCGCGAACAAGAUGCACGUGAAAUCAGCCAGACAUCCUGACAAUAUUUCCAAGAACAGAUACUCCAAAUUUUUAGCCCUUGAUAGCUGCAGGCCAUACUUGUCCACGCCAGUGUCCGGCUCUAACGACUACAUCAAUGCUGUAUAUCUUCCGGGAUACAAACAGAAGAGGGGUUUUAUCCUAACUCAGACUCCUCUACCCAACACGGUCGUGGAUUUCUGGCGUCUGGUCUAUGAUCACAAAGUCAGUACCAUCAUCAUGCUGGACCGCGUGAAAACAGGGGAUAAGAAUGUUGGGGUGUAUUGGACAGAUAAGAAGGAAACGUUUAACCCGUUCGAGGUGGAGGUGACAGAUGUUGACCAGAGAGUGGAAUUCUCCACUUGGACUUACGAACUGAGCCACAAAGACAAGAAAGCACCUCAGCCCAUCAAACAAUUCCGCUGCCCAUUUUUCACGAGUGAACCAACACUGAAGACUAUACCAACGCUUUUGACUGUACUGCAGAGUGUUGACAUGUGGCGAGAUAAGGCUGGCGACGGACCAGUACUGGUUCAUUGCAGGGAUGGCGUGACAAAGAGUGGGUUAUUCUGCGUGGUUUGGACUGUGCUAGAAAGACUGAAGGUUGACCAGAACGUCAAUAUCCUACAGACUGUCAAGCAGAUGAGGAACAACAGACCGGAGAUUAUAACAGAUGUGGGUCAGCUUAACUUCAUCCACCAGGUCGUCAUGGGAUAUCUGGACAACUUCCAAACCUACGCUAAUUUCAGACCAAUGACAACAGUUUUGGAGGCGAUGUAAAAUAAGUUCAGCAAAGAUUCCACUAAUAGUUUCUACGCUAUGACUGGAUUAAUCAAAACUGUUUCUUAUUUCCAUUCGCCAAACUUGCUGUGGCCUCAGUGCUGUAUAAUUGUGUAACUUUAUGCCAUAACUGAUGAGCUUUUAUGUCAAUGGUUUGUCACUGUUGAUUCUGUUGGUGUUGAUUAAAACUGUGUUGUGUUGGGCUUGCUGCUCACUUUGUUGUUGUUGUAAAGGUAGGGGUUUAGGACGUGAAGUUUGUGUUGUAACUGUUGUGAAAAUGCGUUCAAAUCAUGACUAUUGUGUGCUUAUUGGUUUAAAUAUGCUUUGUUCUUGUAACGGUCAUUUAGAUGAUUAAGUUUUUGAUUUAAUGAUGCGGUUUCUAGGUCAUGAUGAUAGUGCUAUGUUUGGUGUAUAUUUUGUUUUAUUGAUUUAGUAAUACGCUUUUUAGGUCAUGAUCAUAGUGUUUUGAUUGGUGUAAGUUUUGGUUUUCAGAUCAUGAUAAUAGUGCGGUGAUUGGUGUAAAUUACGUUUUUAGGUCGUGAUGACUGUGCUGUUGAUAAAGUCAUGAUAAUAGUUAUGUUAUUGGUGUAAAUUUACGGUUUAUAGGUCAUUAUUUAUGCUUAUAUUGCUACAAAAUUUUCGGGUUUUGGUUAUUUUUGUUUUUGUCAUAAAUGUAGGAUUUUGAAUGUUUUGUUGAUUUGAAACUCUGAUUAUAUAACAAAUCAGUUAUGCCGUCAUUACCGUAAAUGUAUUGUUUAGGUUUAAAGGAGAAGAAAACAUAACAAUGGUGUCAAAAUUAGAUGGAAGAGCGUUAAAAGUUUUCUGCAAAUAUGGUCCUUAAUAUUUUUUUUAAUACUUAAUAUUUAUUUCUCAUUUUUCUUUUGCAGGAGAAAAGGGUAUUACAAUUUUUUUUUUGUAUGCUGGGUAUGUGGGACCCACUUUUGGUAUUCUCUAUUAAAGAAAAAUUUUUCCACAUUUUCAACUAACUAACUUUCCGCAUUCUUUCAUCUGAAGUUGAUGUAUUUUUUGCUUUCUCGACCUUUAAGUUCAAUUUGUUGCCAUUGGUAGACUUGUGCUUUUAUGCCACAGCCAUAUUCUCACAUACCUAUUAUAAACGUUUACUUCUCCAAACAUGUGCAUCGUAAUUGCUUUAUUCACAUUGAAAUAUAUUUUUGAUACUUAAAUUUAUUUGCAAGAACUUAACGUGGGAAGGUCAUACAACAACCUGCGAAUGCCCAUGGGUUUCCUGCGGGGCUCUGCCCUGUUUCUUCCCAUCAUAAAACUGUCUAAUGUCGCGUAAGUGAAAUAUUGAGUACGGCGUAAAACGCCAAGCAAAUAUAUAAAUAAAUAUUUACGAGAACAAACCUAGUCAAUCCAUUUGAAAUAUACAGCAUAGUAAACACUUGUUUACCUGUUAGAAGUAUGGAAUCUUUCUCGUGCAAUGUUUAGAGCUGUUUAAAACAAAUGGGGCAUUCGUUUGAAAGACUCCUAGCAUUUUGGAUAUUUAGCAUAUCUUUGACAUUUCUUAGAUACAGUGUGUUGUGUGACGAUUUUAUAUUAUUACAACUGGAGUGGUCAACUUUUUAUAACAAGGAAAGGUUUUGCGAAAUGUAAAGCCACUGGGGUUAGUCAUGCUGGAUGAGAUGUUAUUGAUAUAAAGGUGAGGUUGUUUUGGUCCUGCCGAUUUUUUUAUUGUUGUAAUAUCACAUCGUAUAGAGCAUGUUGUGUCUGCUGUUAUUGCGGUAAAAACAUGGUUAUAGGUUCUGUUGGAUCCGUUGGUAUUGGAGAAAAGACACGGUUUUAUCUAUUUAUUUAUUUGAUUGGUGUUUUACGCCGUUCUCAAGAAUAUUUCACUUAUGCAACAGCGGCCUCAUUAUGGUGGGAAGAAACCGGGCAGAGCCCGGGGGAAACACACAACCAUCCGCAGGUUGCUGUCAGACCUUCCCACGUACGGCCUGAGAGGAAGCCAGCAUGAGCUGGACUUGAACUCACAGCGACCGCAUUGGUGAGAGGCCAAUUGGUUAUUGCGCUGCGCUAGCGCGCUAACCAACUCAGCGACGUAGGUCGCAGACACGGUUUUAGGCUAUGCUGUUCUAUUGUUAUUGGAAUACAAGGCACAGUUUUGUGGUCAUCUUUAUUGUUGUAUAGAUACAAAUACGGUUUGUGACCAUGGUUAUUGCUUUGUUAUUGCUAUACAGGUGCGGGAUUUAGGUCAUAUUGAUAAUGUUUUGUUAUUGCUGUCAAGGUGCAGGAUUUUGGGUAUGGUUAUUGUUUUGUUAUUUACUGUACAGGUGUGGGAUUUUGGUCAUAUUGAUAGUGUUUUGUUAUUGCUGUCAAGGUUCAGGAUUUAGGUCAUGGUUAUUGCUUUGUUAUUGCUGUGCAGGAUUUAGGUCAUGUUGACUGUAUUUGUUAUUGCUUUAAAGGUGCCUUUUUCAGGUCUUAAUGAAUGUGUUGUUAUAGGUGUAAAACUUUCGUUCUUGAAGUCUUGCUGAACCUAAUUUUUAUGCCAUUUUGUUUAUAUUGUGAUGUAAUAUUUUACGCCAUGUUGGUAAUGUUUUGUAUUGCUAUUAAGCCAUGUGUAUAGAACAAGUUACUUGUAGUUACUCUGCUCUUAAUAUAAAUGUACUUUCUAGCCUUAAACUGAGUGGGUUGUUACUGAUAUCUGUGUUUCAUUUAGUAUAUAUUUUAGUUAUUUAACAGUUGUUUAAAGGAAGCUAAAAUAUGAAGCAAGUUUCAUCAUAUAGACAACUGAAAAUUUGGGGUAAAACUGCUUUCAUUUAUUUUUUCUUAGAUUUUUUGAAAAGUGUUAAAAGACAUUCAAACAUUAAAAUUUUAUGGUGGGCUUUCUAUGAGCCAUACUGACGGUAUCUAGGAACUCUGACGUCACAUCACCUUUUUUCCUGAUGCACACUAGAAGGAAGGAAUAUUUGAGAACAUUAUUUUAGCAACCUGUUACUCAGGGGUAAAAAGUUGUUACAACACUCAGUGUCAUGAUUAGAGUUGGAAGAACUUUCUGUGACGUCAGAGUUCCUAAACUCUGAUAGUAUUGUCCAUAAAGCCCAUCUUUGAAUUCAAACGCUUGAACGCCUUUGACUCUCUUCACAAAAAUCUAAGAAAAAUUGAAUGAAAGUUUACUGAUGCAUAGAUUUAAAUGGACUAUUUAGCUAUGCCCACUUCGAUUUUUAUGGGUCUUUUCCUUUAACGAAACAGUAUAUUUGUUUUUAGCUAUUAUAAAGGUUUAUUUUUUCAUGUAAGAGAUAGUUGUUAAUCUCUAAAUUUACCUUGUGAUAUAUUUUUGAUAUUUACAUUUUAAGAACAAAUCUAACAAAUACUGCUGAAAUUGGGCUGUUUAUUGACAAAAUAAAAACUGGCCUGCCGGUGGUAUAUGCACAUUUCCUCUCCUAUUUACAAUUUUUUUCUUAACUUUGUUAGCCGUUUUGAUUGAUCCAAAUUUGAUCCCUAUUUUUAACUAUUUAUCAGUCUGUACAUGUAACUGUACGUA